AUGUCAACUCCAGGCCAGCAGCCAAACUGCCUUGAGUUUGGUGGAAGCUCUAAUGAACAAGGGGGCAAUUCAAAUCAAAGCUCUUCUGAUUCAUCUCAUUUAACUUCAGGAGUCCCACCUCAUUUAGAAAUUCACGCCUUACAAGGUUAUCAUCAUUUACCACUUCAACAAGCAAGAUCAAAACAAUUUAUGUUUGGUGAAAAUCAUUAUUCAUUUCACCAACCACCAUAUCCAAUGACAAAUGAAUUUAAUUUGGGACCAAAUGAUCCAAAUGCCAAUCAAUCUUCAAUAAGUCCUUCCCUUCCAAUCAAUUCAAUUAUUCCAAUGGAUCCUACUCAAUUGAAUCAUUCACAAGAAUUUCAGCAACAUUUGAACCAAUCUGUAUCACAGCAUCACCCCUUAUUUCAACAAAUGGGUCAACAGCACUUCACGCCAACUCAUCACUAUGCUAAUCCUGCAGUUUUGUUUCAACAACAGCAACAGCAACAACAACAGCAACAACAACAGCAACAUUUACAACCUAUUGCGCAAUACCCGCCAACACAACCUGGUGUAUUCACUACGUCAUUGUCAACCCUUUCUAGUGUACCUGAUCAUUUAAGUUCUUCUAGAAGAGUUAGAUUACACCAACAUUCUACUUCAACUGGAUCUAAAUCUUCACGCUCGAGCCAUUCUAGGACAUCUUCUUCCACUACAAUUCAUGAAUAUCCUGAAGUCAUCAAACCAAAGGUGGCUACCACAUUUUGGGAAGAUGCUAAAACAAUCUGUUAUCAAGUUAGAGCUAGGGGUAUUUUGGUAUCACGAAGAGAAGACAAUGACUACAUUAAUGGAACAAAACUAUUAAAUGUGAUUGGAAUGACUAGAGGUAAAAGAGAUGGAAUUUUAAAAACAGAAAAGACAAGAACGGUAGUUAAAGUUGGUUCAAUGAAUCUUAAGGGUGUAUGGAUACCUUUUGAAAGAGCCUUUGAGAUUGCAAGAAAUGAAGGGGUUGAAGAAAUUUUGUAUCCACUAUUUGUUAAAGACUUGAAAACAUAUUAUGAAACUAAGGGACAUUUGUUAAAGAGUAUAGAUUCAGAAGAAGGUUCUUCUGUAAGUGAAGAAAAAGAUGCUGAUGCUGAUGGAGAUACACCUGUGGUGGGGAGCUCAACCAUGAUAGAAGAAAAAUCUGGUCAACAAAUACUCACUUCAUCAACUGCUGGUUAUAGCAGAUCUACUAGUGAUGAUAGAAUUUAUCUAGAUUCCCUAGGGCCAUCCUCUGUAAAGGAAGAGCAAAUGUCUUAUUACUCAAGUAAUCAAACUCCUAAUCCCGAUUACAAAGGUUGAAUUAACAAUGUAAAUUGUUAAUUAAUUAAAUUUCCUUCAAAUUGGCAAAAUUUAGAUUGACUUUUAUGUUUUAUAUUAUGUGCC